CCGUUCUCGAAGUGUUUCGACAAACAUGGUCGCGACAUUUGUGUCAAAAGCGGGUCAUAUUGCAACAAUUCCUCUUAAUGAGCAAAGAACUGUUACUGCGGAUUGGUAUACCACCAUUUGUUUGCCAAAAGUCAUUACCGAGCUUCGAAAAAUCAACCCCGAAAGAAGAAUCAUCCUCCACCAAGACAAUGCAAGCUCGCACACAACCCAAAAAACAAGGCAGUAUUUAACGGAAGAAAACGUGGAAUUAUUGGACCAUCCUCCAUAUAGUCCCGAUCUAAAGUCCUAACGACUUCUUUACUUUCCCAAAAAUUAAAAACAGACUGCGUGGUCAAAGGUUUAAGUCACCAGAACAAGCAGUUGACGCAUUCAAAAAUGCCGUUUUAGAUCUACCAGCAAACGAGUGGCAUAAGUGCUUCGAAAAUUGGUUCGAGCGCAUGCAGAUGAGUAUUAAUCUUCAAUAAAGUCAUUUAAAACUACCUACCGAGUUGUUUUAUUUCCAUAUGCAAAACUUAAAAUUGACAUCCCUCGUAUAUUAAUGUUGCAUAAUAAAAGAUAUUAUAGUAAGAGAUUAAAAAUAAAAAAAAUUAGAACGUUAUUACACAGAUUUUU